GGAGAAGGAGGGGUUUGGCUUCAGUGUGAUGUGAAUGAAAUAGAAUCAGCGUGAGGGAGGGAGACAGAACAAAUCAACCUGCCUCUUUUGACUGAACAACGGAAUGGAAGAGCUGAGCUCCUAGGCACACUGACCAGAGAGGAGUUUUAUUUUUGGAGGGGAAGAAGAGAGCAGACAAGGGAAAUCGAAGAGGGACGAGGAGGAGAAAAAGCCUCAGCGUGGGGAUAGAUAGCAGAAAAUGCUGUCAUGGGGAGAGGGGGGAGGGAGGCUACAGAAAGGAACAGGAUGAUACCAGGCAGGGUGGAGCGGAGCUGAGAUGUGGAGCAGGACCAAACCAAAACUGGACCAAACCAAAACUGGACCAAACCAAACCUGGGGCACACCAGAAUCGUAGUCAUCUGCAGAGCUGGAGAACGUCCUAAAAUAACUUGGAAUGGGUGUACGCUUACCAGACUUAAAAUAUAUAAUUGUAUCUGACUGUGUGGACAUAACUGUCAUCUAAUAGUCCUCUGCAUUGUGUUAUUGAAUGUGGAUGAGGAACACGUGUAGUACCUUUACUCAUCCAGUUUGGGAAAGUGAGGAGAGACAGUUGGAGGAUUGGAGUCAGAGUCUGAGGCACCAUGCAGUCUGACGACCUCUUCCUCCGCAAGUUCUGCCGGCAAAGGCCGCGACCCCCUCUGGCAACGGUCAACUUUGACUCUAAGCGGGACGGUGGGGUACGGGCGCGGGUGCUGGCAGGGGAGUGGCCCCCGAGGAGGGACGGGGAGGGAGCAGAUGGGGAGAGCCUUACGAACCCGAACCGUGUGAGUCUGAAUCUGAGGUCCGUGGGCCGAGGACACAUCAUGCAGAGAAGCAACAGUGACGUGACUCUGGGAGACCUGGACUCUUCUGGUAAGGUGGGAGGGAAGGCCACACGGGCGGUGGGGGAGAAGGCAGGUGCCGGGGCUCAGGGGGACUCAGGGGUGGUGCUGCACAGGGAGUAUGGCAGCCUCUCCUCACUGGAGAGACAGACAGGUCUGUCAGGAACACAGGAGCUCAGUGCAGACGACCAGGGAGCUCUGAGCCCCAACGCCCUCCGCUUCAAAGACCCCUUCCUUCUGCUGGGUCUGCAUGCAACACCCCCAGAACCAGACGGCUUCUUCAGGGCUCUUUCCGCCCCUACAGGAGAAACUCCAAAACCAGCCAAGCCCCCCAAGCCUGAGGGGCUGAGCAAGAAGGCCAAGCCUUCACCCCCACAGAUCCCCCAACCAGGUCCUUAUGACAACCUGGGAGGCGGAGCCUGGGUCAGGAACUUUGCCCACUAUGAUGUUCAGAGCAUUCUGUUUGACCUCUUGGAAGCAGCCAGCAAUCGGGACAGCAUCGGCCGCAAAAAGAACAUCACCUCAGGGGCGUCGGCCGCCUCAACGAUGCGCCCCCUCACCCAGGCCACACCCUCCUCCCCCUCGCAGGGUGGGGUUAGUGGUGGGGGGGCUGUGGAGGACCCUGACCAGUGUCUGCUGGACGAGGGAGAUGGGAACGACAACGAGCUGCUGCUCAGCUGCCCUCACUUCCGUAACGAGAUGGGGGGUGAGGAGCGGGCGGGCCUGGGGAAUACACAGGGAAGAGGGUGCCUGUGGCUGAGCCUGAGGAACCCCAACGAUGCAGUGUCAGUGCUGGAGGAACCCAGAGAGAGCCACGUCCAACAGCAGGGCAAGAGCAACUACUUCAUAGAACACGCAGACCUGGGAGCCCACUACUACCGCAAAUACUUCUACAUGAAAGAUCAUCAGAACUUCUUUGGUAUAGAUGACCGCCUGGGUCCAGUGGCCAUCAGCUUCCGUAGAGAGGAGAAGGAGGGGUCCAGUGGAGCUCAGUAUAACUACAGAAUCAUCUUCAGAACCACUGAGCUGAAGACUCUGCGAGGCUCCAUCCUGGAGGAGUCCGUGCCGUCAGCGGCCCGCCACACCACCCCGCGCGGCCUGUCUCCCAAGAGGCUCCUGGAGUUCAUCAUCCCAGAGCUCAACCUCCACUGCUUGCGUCUGGCCUCCACCUCGCCCAAGGUCCGAGAUACCCUGCUCAAGCUGGACGAACAGGGGCUGAACUUCCAGAGGAAGGUGGGGGUGAUGUACUGCCGUGCAGGCCAGAGCUCUGAGGAGGACAUGUACAACAACGAGAGCUCUGGGCCGGCUUUUGAGGAGUUCCUGGACCUGCUGGGGGAGCGAGUGAAGCUUAAAGGCUGGGAGAAGUACCGCGCUCAGCUGGACACCAAGACGGACUCCACGGGGAUCCAGUCCCUCUACACGCGCUACCAGGACUAUGAGGUCAUGUUCCACGUGUCCACCAUGCUGCCCUACACGGCCAACAACACACAACAGUUGCUGAGGAAGAGGCACAUUGGGAAUGACAUAGUGACCAUAGUGUUCCAGGAGCCAGGGGCUUUGCCCUUCACUCCUAAGGCCAUUCGCUCCCAUUUCCAACAUGUCUUCAUCAUCAUCCAGGUGGAAAAGUCCUGCUCUGACCACACCUACUACAGGGUGGCGGUAACACGCUCCAAAGACAUCCCGUUAUUCGGGCCUCUGUUCCCUAAGGGUGCUCGAUUCCCCCGUUCCCCUGCCUUCAGAGACUUCCUGCUGGCCAAGGCGGUGAACGCUGAGAACGCUGCCGAGAAGGCGGAGAAGUUCCGCUCCAUGGCCACGCGUACACGGCAGGAGUACCUGAAAGACCUGGCAGAGAACUACGUGACCACCACGCCAAUCGACUCUUCCACCAAGUUCCCCCUGCUGUCCCUGGGGGGCAAGCGCAAAGACAAACUGAAGGGGGCCAAGGGGGCAGAGCUGCACAGUGCUGGGGCGCUAGUCUGGGCUGUCAGGGCCACCAGUGGGAAUGAGGAGGAGACUGGAGGACAAAAGCUGCCCUGUCUACUGGGGGUCUCAGCUGAAUCAGUGGUGCUGAUCGAGAGAUACACACGGAGGGUGGUGUUCAACUGCUGCUGCCGUGACGUGAUUGGCUGGAAGGCGGUGACAGACAGCAGGGCCAUAGGUGGGCCUUGCCUGGAUAUCUUCUAUGAGAGGGGGGAGGCAGUGUCAAUCAGUGUGAUGGACAGCCAGGCAGAGGAGAUACGGGAGAUGGUGCAGAGACUAGAGCUGGUGACGCGGGGCUGUGAGGCGCGGGAGGUGACCCCGCUGCGUGAUGGGGUGGGCCAGCCAGGCUUCCUGAUGAGCGAGGAGGGCUUUGUGACAGACCUGCAGCGAUUUGGCUAUGCGGAGAGUGGGGGUCUGCAGCUGGGGGCGCGGGUGGUGCGACUGUGUGGUCACGCCCUGGUGCACCUGGGGCCGGAGGAGAGGGCCAGAAUUCUCCGCACUGCCCACAAGAUCCACAUCACCGUCAUCCCUCCAGACGAGAACGGCAAGCCCCGCAGGAGUUUCUCAGAGUUGUACCAGAAAGCCAUCCAGGAUGCAGAGCGUAAGCCUGGGGAGGGCCAGUCUGGAGAGGCCUGGGUACUGGACGAGAGGGAGGAGGAGGAGGAGAUGGAGGAAGAGGAGCGUGAACAGGGAGAGGGAAAGGAGGCGGAGACGAUGGAGGGACCAGCUGAGGGAGGAGAGGCUGAGGACAGGCCGUCAGAGAUGGGACAGGGUGAGGAGGACCAGGGGGACCAGGGCUCCCUUUUCUCCACACCCAGCCUGCCUAUUUUACGGGCCACCUCCCUGCAUGACCACCCCCCCAACCAGACCAUGGAGGCAAUCAGCCACUCCCAGCUAACACGCAGCUACUCCUUAGAGUACUCCCGGGACAUAUGUGGCGGGCAUGUGUAUGACAACGUGGGUGUAAAGAUGGAACGUCACAUCUAUGAGAACCCAGGGGAGCUGAGAGACUCCACGCCUGACCUCAUCCUGGCUGUUAAACCCAAGGUGCCCCUGGACGAGGAGCAGUUUGUAGGGGCUGAGUUGGGUGAGGAGAGGACGUUAGCGAGGGACCCUUCCCUGUCCUCCGCCCGGUUGUCGUGUCUGGACAGAACAGAGAGGAACUCCCGAGCUUUGAGCCUACACAACUCCAUCACCAAGAGAGGAGAUUAUCUCCGUUUCCCUCCCCACACUCCAGAAGUCAGUCACACACAGAGAUGGAAAGAACCCACUUCUCCCUCUCACGCUGCAGCUAGUCGGCCAGUGCCACCGAGGCAGCAAAGCAUCAUGAUACCACCCCCUGUCCUGUCCGAGAACACAGAUUCCUCAGAGGAGGAGUGGCAGUCUAUAGCUGAUCUAGCCUCCGCCUGUCGCGGCAUCCUGGAGGCCUUGUCACAGGAAGAUCGUAAAGCAGGAGAUGGGACCCAAGGAGCAGACUCCCUGACAGAUGGCAAGCUAAAGGACAUGAAGGACAGUGACUCCCCUGGCCACAUGGAGAAGGUUUCCCAGCUGGAGGACAUGCUGAAGAGGCUGCAGGACGACCUGCAAAAGUCUUGUCCACUCAAUGCAGCCACCCCUCACCCUCCUCCACCCAUACCCAGCCCCCUCUCACCCCUCCAUCCAUCCCAGCCAUGGUGGUCUGACAGACGGGUGUUGUUGUGUGCCGCUCCCUGGCAGGAGAAGGAGGACAAGGCGGUGCUGCAGGCCGAGGUGCAGAGCCUCAGGCAGAAUAACCAGCGGCUGCAGGAGGAAUCCCAGAGCACCGUGUCCCGCCUCAUCAAAGUCACCGAGCUGCUGUGCAAUGUCAACAAGCCCUGUUAGCUCCACCACAGUGCACACUGUGUACACACACACACACACACACACACACACACACACACACACACACACACACACACACACACACACACACACACACACACACACACACACACACACACACACACACACACACACACACACACACACACACACACACACACACACACACACACACACAAACAAACAAACAAACACACACAGAUGAUCGCACACAGAUCACAAACACACUGCGCAUUCAAUAUUGUAUAAAAACACACCAGCACAGUACAUCACCUGCUCUACACCACACAUGUAUAAUACUCCACAUUCUGUUGGAUGACAUUUUACCUCUGGGCAAGCCCAUGAGGACGGAGUCAACUCAAAAAACGACUCUGAAACAUUUCUCACCAUCUGAUAGUCCUCCCAAUAGAUUGACUAAUGGUUGUGCUUUACCCAAGAGUGUGUUUUGUACCUUGAGUGUGCGCAAGUGAGUGUGUGUGUGUGUGUGUGCCGUCACUAUGGUUCUUUUAUCUUGCUUCACAUACUUGACAAGUUGGGCAGAAUAGCAAUUGCUUAAAACAACCCAGUUGAUUUAGAAGAGGCACGUGUGCAGCAUGUUUGGUGGCUGUUUAUUUCAAUUGACACAAAGCGUGUGUGUAUGUUUCAUGAGGUACGUAUGUAAACAGUAGUCUCCCUCCCCUCUCUGCUCAACCCACGCCAUGAUAUGCAGCGUCUCGGACCGAGAGCAGUUCAGCUGGGCACCCUUAGAGUGGAGGGCCUUGGAGCUACAUAUUACACAGGGAAAAGGGAACAUGACAAUUGCAUGCCUGCAGGCAGCCUGCUGGAAAAUAUGGAAUGAUGCAUACUGACCCUGCCUCUCUCUGCCAACAUUCUCGCGGAAUGGUUCAUUCAUUGGGUAGAGACACCAUUCUCUCCUCUCCAUACCUCCUCAGCUUAAUUUCAAGGGUGGUGGACUUGAGUAUUCCACGUCUGCUUCCAGUGAAUGAGACACAAUUCAUUUAUAAGGGAAUUGACUCACCGAAUUUAUUCUGAUUGAGUUGAAACAGAUAUUCAAGUGGAUAACACCUCUGCCGAGGAUGAAACAAUUGGGGGAGAUCCUCGUCAUCCCUGAAAGACUGGCUGUAGAAGCUAUGCUGUAGAAAGUGCACCUCCUGCUGGACUGAACCAUGCAUUGUCGUAAGGCAGCUCUCCUUUUAGACAAAACUAUUGUAGGGAUUUAAUGUGAACUGGACAGGAUUUCUUUAGUGAACACAGCCUUCUGUGUUACAAUAUAUGUUGUGUUUGAUGGCCACAAUGACAAUUCAGUGUAUUUGAAAUGAAUCCAGAAUGGAGUGGUUACCUGUGGGUGAGGGAUUCCCCCAUUUCACCCUAAUGUUUUUGUCUGUGUACCUACUGUAUGUGUGUUUCUGUGUUGUUCUUGCACUUUUAGCAUCACCUAUAUCGGCAUGGGACAGGGCACAUAUUUAACCUCCUGCCCAGGUUCAUGCCUUGCUUGAAACAUUUAAGUGGAUUUGAUCUCACCACUUCACCUCACCCCACCUCACCUUCAGGUCCACUGCUGAUGACGCCAAUAACAAUGUGAGAUCAGAGGAGGACGGGAUUAUUCCUCCUCCAAGACUGUUCUGCCAAAAGAUGCCAAGGCAGCUCUCCUACACCCAACUCAAACCACUGGACCCAGCUGUGUUGUACAGCUCUGUAAGGGAUGCCAAACAAAAAGCUCUUGUUUGUUGUAUAUACUAUUUUACUUCCUCUUGUAAUUUUAUUUUAGAGUCACUGUGAUUACCCGGUACCAGCAGAUAAUGAUAUAUUCAAAUUAAAUUAUAAAUCUAAACUUUAUCUAUAUGUGAAGACAACAUGUACAGCUGAACUGCUCAGUGCUACUUAGUACAUUUGGUUGUGUUUGCCCUCAAUUGCAGGAUGGUUUAAUAUGGAGCCCAGUGUAAAUGUGCCCAAACAGGCAGUUUGAGCCAGGCUGUUUAAAAUGGUGAUGCCUUGUUGUUGGAAAUGAUUAGCAGAGUGGAGAAGUGUAAGAAUAGCUGAUGUUUUACUGUGUUCUUCUGUAUAGUUCUGUAGAUUGUAGGAGGUUGAUGAAGCAUGAUAAUGCACCAGGUCACUUCCUAGCUCCCCUCUCUGUGUGUGUGUAUGUAUGUAACAAAAAAAAACACAAAAAAAAUGUAAUAACUUAUUAAUCUUGCAAAUGUGGAAUUCCCUGUUCGAUGUGUCAAUACAAGGGGAGGGAGGCAGCAAUUAGAUGUGCUAUAAAGUUCAAAUGGUAUGAUAGGGGUUGGUUUUAAGGAAGAAUCUGUUUUUAUAUAUACAUUCAACUACAAGAAGACAAGAGGUCAAAUAUUUCUGCAGUGUUAUAGUAUUUCUUGGGGAAACGAUAAUGGCUAUCAGUCAUCGUUCUAGUAUUGAGCUAUUCAUUCAGAGCUCCUACGUUCACGUUCAACAAGGUCUCUAAUGCCACUAGGUACGCCUUAAAGAGUGACUCUGGGACUCUCCCGAGAGGACAGGACAGACAACAUGGUCAGACUGGUUCAUGUGAAGGCUUCUCUCUCAGACAUUGUGCCUACCUGAAAUUGUAAUGUAUGGUAACUCAGCGUGGUGUCUUCAUUUCUGUUCUUCGUGGUCAUUGUUUUCAGACAGUGUCGGGUUGUCCUGUAUCCUGCAGGAUAGACAGGUGUGUCUGCCACAUGACAGUGGUAGAUGUAAGGUUGGUUGGUAUGGGGUCUCUCCAGGGUCUGCUCGUCAAGCCUCCCGGAGGAUCUGUGGCCAUUAAAUCAAAAAGAUGGGUUUAGGGACCCCAGGAAAGUGUCAUAAAGGUUAUAUGAAGACGAUAUGAAGUGUGUUUGCUUUUGUUAGGUUAAAGGAAAUGAUCCGUAUAGCGCUGGUUUAAGACCAGCAUCUCCAACCUUAUUGAAUCACAAUCAUUCGAUGCAUAAAAACAUAACUUUCUACAAUCAUUUGGACAUGAACCAUCCAGUGCACUUUGAACCCCCAUUUAUGUAUCACAAAAAGUAUCCCUGAGUGACACCUAACAACACCUUGUAUGUCUCAGUGACCCAUAACAACACCUUGUAUGCCUGAGUGACUCCUAACAACACCUUGUAUGCCUGAGUGACCCAUAACAACACCUUGUAUGCCUGAGUGACCCCUAACAACACCUUGUAUGUCUCAGUGACCCAUAACAACACCUUGUAUGCCUGAGUGACUCCUAACAACACCUUGUAUGUCUCAGUGACCCAUAACAACACCUUGUAUGUCUCAGUGACCCAUAACAACACCUUGUAUGCCUGAGUGACUCCUAACAACACCUUGUAUGCCUGAGUGACCCAUAACAACACCUUGUAUGUCUCAGUGACCCAUAACAACACCUUGUAUGUCUCAGUGACCCAUAACAACACCUUGUAUGCCUGAGUGACUCCUAACAACACCUUGUAUGCCUGAGUGACCCAUAACAACACCUUGUAUGCCUGAGUGACUCCUAACAACACCUUGUAUGUCUCAGUGACCCAUAACAACACCUUGUAUGCCUGAGUGACUCCUAACAACACCUUGUAUGCCUGAGUGACCCAUAACAACACCUUGUAUGCCUGAGUGACACCUAACAACACCUUGUAUGUCUCAGUGACCCAUAACAACACCUUGUAUGCCUGAGUGACUCCUAACAACACCUUGUAUGCCUGAGUGACCCAUAACAACACCUUGUAUGCCUGAGUGACCCCUAACAACACCUUGUAUGUCUCAGUGACCCCUAACAACACCUUGUAUGCCUCAGUGACCCAUAACAACACCUUGUAUGUCUCAGUGACCCAUAACAACACCUUGUAUGUCUCAGUGACCCAUAACAACACCUUGUAUGCCUCAGUGACCCAUAACAACACCUUGUAUGCCUGAGUGACCCCUAACAACAUCUUGUAUGCCUGAGUGACCCAUAACAACACCUUGUAUGCCUGAGUGACCCCUAACAACACCUUGUAUGUCUCAGUGACCCAUAACAACACCUUGUAUGCCUGAGUGACCCCUAACAACACCUUGUAUGCCUGAGUGACCC